CCAGAGGGGAAGAGGGGGGCGGGCGCUGACCUCGUGGAGACGCCGCAGCCAGCCCCUGGAGGAAGCGGAGUGGUGACCCGGCGAGGAUAGCCAUGGCGCUGCCGCCCAGCCCGCAGCCAAACUUUGCGAGGGGCACACAUGGACGAAGUUAGCCGCCGCGCCGGAAUAAAAGAGCGGGCGGGCUCCGGGAAGGGGGGCGAGGCAGACUCUCCGGCGGCGGGGAGCGCUCGAGCCGGCGGAUUAAAAGCCAUUAAAGAUAUAUUUAUUGCCAAAGCGUCCCAGGAUCUCCGGGGCCAGAGCAGGAGAGCAAUCAGCUCCUUCCCCGCAGCGCCAAUCACAGCCUAACGGAGAGGGAGGAGCGGGGGGAGGGGGGAGCCGGCCCCAGCGAAAACCCACUGCUCACACUCGCUCGCACACUCACAUUCACUCACGAGCACGGAGACACAAACUUUUACAAGCGGAUUGUCCCUGGCUCCGGGGCCCCCCCCGCGCGCCGGCCGGGAAAGACGCUGCGUCCCGGCCACUCGCCCGGUGCAUGGAGGCGGCUCCACCGAGGACGGAGAGAGCCCCAAGCCCGGGAGCAGGCGCCUGCCUCGGCGCGGAGAGCCUGGACUGCUGCCCCGGCGGACGCCCGAGCGCCCCAUGGACAAGAGGAACGAGCUGGAGAAGGAGCCCCCGAUCUCCCGUAAGCAGCGGCUCAUGGCAGCCAUCGCGUCCAGCGGCGAGAGCCUGGGGUCGGCGGCCCCGGGGGGCGGCAGCAGCGGCGGCGCCGAGAAGCCCCCUAGCAGCGGCGGCGGCGGGGGCCCGGCGUCUGCCCCGCUCUCGUGUUUCAUCUGUGGCGGGGGUAUCGGCCGCGGCAAGGAGCUGAAGCUGCAGGUAAAACAGCCCGCGCAGGGGCGAGGAGGAGAGGCGGCCGGAGCCGGGGCCGGGGCCGGAGCGGCCGGGCCCGGGGGCAGCCUGCAAGCCCAGCCCUUUUUCCCCUUCCUGCAGCAGCAGGAGCCAGCGCCCGGAGCCCGGGAGGUGUCCCCCGCGGACGGCUGCGUGCUGGUGUGCGCCGUGUGCCGCUGCUUCCUGGGCGAGCAGUGGGCAGCGUUCGAGCGCUCGCGGACCCCCGUGGAGAAGCGCAUGUACUGGCUCAAGCGGCCCUACCAGUGCGAGGCGGGCGGGGGCGCUCCGGGACGCCGCGCUGCCGCCCCCCAGGAGUGGAACCUCUCCUACGCCCUGGAGCAGGGCGAAGAGGACGACGACGAGGACGACGACGAAGGGGAGGGGGCCGGUGGCGGCAGCGGUGCGAGGAGGGGUGGCCGUCCCCCCCAGGAGGAGGCGCACGACUCGGACCUCUCUUCCCUCUCUGACACAGACCACCUCUCCGAGCCUGAGCCCGCCCCAGGCCCGGCCCCUAGGGACCAGGGCAGCCCAGACUACGGCCCGCCUCCGCCUAAGGAAGCAGGCGGGUGUCCCCAGCUGCCCAAGCCUCCCUCAGCCCCUCCCCAGAGCGUCCUCCGGGGCCCCGGGACAGGCGCGCUCAUGGGGCGCUUCCGAGAGUGGCCUCCUCCCUCCGCAGUUCCCCCACCCCAGCCAGGCCCAGAGACCGCUGGCCCUGGAGAAGGGAGUGUGGAGGGGCCAACGGUGCAACCUGACCCUGGACGCAAAGCGGGCACCAGGAGGAAGAAAAAAGGGGCAGCGAGGCAUUGGAUCCCGGAAGGCAGCCCCAGUGUCCUUCGGGGUGUUCAGGGCACCUGGCGGGGGCCACCUAUCCAGGGCCCUCCAGGAGACGGAAUGAAAAGUAACCUGGGCUUCUUGGCUGCCAGCCAGGGGAGGGCAUCCAGAACAGCCGGACCCAAGCAGCUUCCCGAGAGUCAUGGGGGGUACUGCACCUCUGAGGAGGGGGAGAUCAGUAUCACCAGCGACGAGGAAGAGCAGAAAAAGCAGCCCUUCCCCAACCCCUGUGGUCGCUGGGAGGCCGCCCCCAAGGGGGGUGGCCUGGCAGAAAAGGAGAAUGGGCGCAGCAGCAGCAGUAGCAGCAAUAAUACGGUGUCCCGAGAUCCCUGGGCCGUGGCCCCCGACAACACCUGCUGCUACAUUUGCGGCAACCUUCUGUCCCCGGCCUCCCAGCACCAGAUUCAUGUUCAGAAGCAGGAGAAGACUUCCCAGGCCCCCUUCUUUCCUUUCCUGUGGCUGCACACCCCACCCCCGGGGGCCCUGCCCAUCAGCCCCGGGGGCAGCACCCUGGUGUGCUCCUGCUGUUUCUCCUCUCUCAUGCAACAGUGGCAAAGCUUUGAGCUGGCCAACGUGCCCGUCCUGCAGAGGCUCUAUGUGGUGCCUCUGAAUCCAGGGGUGCCUCCCAAAGGAAGGAGACCCCUGAAAGAAGAGGGAGCCUCUGCGGGGCCUCAGCCUCAGCAGGAGGCCUGCUACCUCUGUGGGGAGGACUGUUCCCGGGAUUCCCGGACAGUGCCCACCAGGAUCAUCAACGGUAGUGCCAAGAACACCAUGCACUUCCCUUUUGUGAACCUCCUGCCCUGUCCGCCCAAUGCCAAAGGACUGAACAGACACUGGGAAGUCCGCAGCUGCCCCAAGUGCUACGGGGUGCUGGAGGACAUUUGGUCCAUGUACAGGGCCUGCCAGAAUGAGGAGCUCAUAAAUUCAGUGCAGAGUUUCCUGGGGAGAUACCACCAGGUGUUUUCAGCCACAGAUCCGGGGGGGCUGGCAGUGCAUGCCUCCGUCAAGGGGGGGCUGUCCUCCGUGUGCUACAUCUGUGGGGCCGAGCUGGGCCCCGGAAAGGAGUUUCAGCUCAACGUCAACCCUCCCAGUCGUUUCGGGGAAAAGGAACCUUUCUUCCCCUUCCUUACGGUUUAUCCUCCGGCCCCCCGGGCCAGGCCCGCCGACUCCACGGGGCUGGUGGCCACUUGUGUGCUCUGCUACCAUGACCUGCUGGGCCAGUGGCUGCAGCAUGAAGGCAGAAGCGCCCACCACCCCAUCAGCGCCUGGUCCCGGCAGUACAAAGUGGAGACCUUCGUGUGCUUCUUCUGCCAGCAGGAGAAGAAGCGAUGCCUUGGAUUAAAAGCCGUGCGGGUGGCCCGGCUGCCCAUGUUCCUGUACACCCUGAGAACCGGGCACAGUUUGCUGGUGGAUGAUGGCAAGCAGCUGAUCAUCGGGGCCUGUGUGGAGUGCGGCACCGUGGUGUUUGCUGGCAAAGCUCUGAGCCACCCGGGAGUGCUGGUCAGGGCCUCCCCUGCUGCUUCCCAUAAGGCGUCUUCCUCUUCCCUUGAGACAUCUCUUGCUAUAAAACCUCCUGGCAAGGACACAGAAGGACGCCUGGGGGCAGUGGACAGCAGGGCAGUGCCAGAGGUCAUCUCCAGCUCCGACCAAUGCCAGCUGAGUGGACCGGAAGCAGACGGCGUGGACCUUGGCGCCAUAACAGCUCCAGAGGUCACUGCACACUCUGCUGGAGAUCUUUCUGCUUCCGGCUCCCAAGGCGGUCAGUCCCAGGGUUGGCCCAGCUGGUACAGAGAGGGCAUGAGCCAUGAGCCAAAGUCUCCUUCAAUAGGAAUGCUUUCAACAGCGACUCGGACCACUGCUACCGUCAGUCCCCUGACCCCUUCUCCUCUCAAUGGCUCCCUUGUACCCAAUGGCAGCCCAGCAGCCACCAGCAAUCUGUCAGUUCAAGCAGCACCCUCUUCCAGCUUCGCUGCCGCCCUGCGCAAACUUGCAAAACAAGCUGAGGAACCGAGAGGGUCUUCAAUAAGCAGCGAGUCUUCCCCAGUCUCUUCUCCGGCAACCAACCACAGCUCUCCCGCUAGCACGCCCAAGCGAGUGCCCAUGGGGCCCAUCAUCGUUCCUCCAGGGGGCCACAGUGUCCCCAGCACGCCCCCAGUGGUCACCAUCGCACCAACGAAAACAGUCAAUGGUGUCUGGAGAAGUGAGAGUCGACAGCAAGAAGCAGGAGCUAGAAGCGGCGGCAGCCGAGACCGCCUCAUCGUGGAGCCCCCCCUGCCUCAGGAGAAGGCCACGGGACCGGCCAUUCCUUCCCACCUUCUGAGCUCUCCCUACCCCUUCAGCAUCCCCCCCAGUUCUGUCGUUCAGGACUCCCGAUUUCCACCACUAAACAGCCUCCAGCGCCCCGUACAUCAUGUGGUUCCCCCCAGCACCGUUACUGAGGACUAUCUCCGGAGCUUCCGACCGUACCACACUACGGAAGAUCUCCGCAUGUCCUCACUGCCGCCCAUCAGCCUUGAUCCGGCCACUGCUGCUGCCUAUUACCAUCCCAGCUACCUGACCCCUCAUCCCUUCCCACACCCAGCCUUCAGGGUGGAUGAUUCCUACUGUCUUUCAGCCCUGCGCUCCCCCUUCUACCCGAUCCCAACUCCAGGCUCAUUGCCUCCACUACACCCAUCAGCUAUGCACCUCCACCUCUCGGGGGUCAGAUACCCCGCGGAGCUCUCUCACUCAUCCCUCUCAGCCCUGCAGACAGAACGGAUGUCGAGUCUCACUGCAGAGAGGUUGCAGAUGGAUGAAGAACUGAGACGGGAGAGGGAACGGGAGAGAGAGAGGGAGAGAGAGCGGGAGAAGGAGCGAGAACGAGAAGCUGAUCGGGAGCGAGAAAAGGAGCGAGAGAGGGAACGGGAGCGGGAAAAAGAACUAGAGAGAGAAAGGGAGAAGGAGCGGGAGCGGGAAAGAGAAAAGGAACUGGAGAGGCAACGUGAGCGAGCCCGAGAGAAAGAGCUGAUGGUCAAGACCAUGGAAAACCAGUUCCUGCCCGUAUCUGAACUGCAUGGUCUUCGGGUCCUUCCAGGAGAAGAUCGGGUGAAACCUUCUGAGCAACUCACACCAAACAGACCAGAGAAACUUAAGGAGCCUGCCCUGCAGACACCCAAGGCCGUCCAGCACCCUCUGCACCCUACCCCUGCUUCCCACCACCCAGUGCCCAGCCUCAUCUCCAACCAUAGCAUCUUCCCCCUGCCCGGGAGCAGUGCCGCCACAGCCCUACUGAUUCAGCGCACAAAUGAGGAAGAGAAAUGGCUGGCUCGCCAAAGGAGACUUCGGCAAGAAAAGGAAGACCGGCAGUCCCAGGUGUCUGAGUUCCGACAGCAGGUCUUGGAGCAGCAUCUUGACAUCAGCCGCCCCCCAGCUCCAACAGAGCCCGAGCAUAGGCCCGAGAACCCCAGACCGGGACCAAACCGUCACGAGCCAGGCAGCCGAGACCAGCCGCAGCACUUUGGAGGGCCGCCACCCCUCAUCUCCCCCAAGCCUCAGCACCACCCCAUGCCCACCUCGCUCUGGAAUCCGGUCACUUUGAUGGAGAACACCCUGGAGCCACGAAGGGGGCAGGAAAGCCACUCUCUCCACGGCCACCCGGCUCCGUUCGAGCCCGGCCGGCAAGCCGUCCCCCUGGUCAAGGUGGAAAGAGUUUUCUGCCCCGAGAAGCUGGAAGAGGGGCCCAGGAAGAGGGAGGCCCCCCUGGACAAAUACCAGCCGCUCCGGGAGCCCGGGCCCUUGGAACACAGUGGCUAUUCUCACGGGCCCUUCUUGGCCGAACUGGAGAAGUCCACCCAGACCAUCCUGGGCCAACAGCGGGCGGCUCUCCCUCCGCCCGGACAAUUCCCCGACGCGAGCCUGCCCCCAAAGGCCAGCUCUCCGUAUCGGCCCCCGCUGCCCAGGGGCCCUGACCCCAUGUAUGUCUACGACGAGUUCUUACAGCAGCACCGCAGGCUGGUCAGCAAGCUGGACCUGGAGGAGCGUCGGCGGCAAGAGGCCCAGGAGAAAGGCUACUACUAUGACCUUGAUGACUCUUAUGAUGAGAGCGAUGAAGAAGAAGUCCGGGCCCACCUGCGAUGUGUCGCUGAGCAGCCACCCCUCAAGCUGGACACUUCUUCUGAGAAGCUAGAAUUCCUGCAGCUCUUUGGCCUGACAACCCGACAGCAGAAAGAGGAAUUGUUGACACAGAAAAGGAGGAAACGGCGUCGGAUGCUGAGGGAGCGGAGCCCGUCACCCCCAGCAGUUCAGACUAAGCGCCAGACCCCUUCCCCCAGGCUCACGCUCUCCACUCGCUAUAGCCCCGAUGAGAUGAACAACAGCCCCAACUUUGAGGAGAAGAAAAGGUUUCUGACCAUCUUCCACCUGACUCACAUCAGUGCUGAAAAGAGAAAAGACAAAGAGAAACUUGUUGAAAUGCUCCAUGCCAUGAAACAGAAGACAAUGUCGGCAGCAGCGAUAGACUCAGUGAAAAAUGCUUCGAGGGACAGUCCCAUUAUCUCCCUGAGCGAGCCACCAACGCAGCAAGUCCCUGCAGAUGCAGAUAAACCCAUCAGUACCACAGCUUCCUUAUCGGACCCCCCGAAGCCCACAGAGCCUGGAAGACUUGAACAACUCAGAUCCCAGGAGCUCCAGAGAGUUGGGGAUCCAGCCUCGGAGAAGGCCAGAAUGAGUGAAACCCACAGUGGGAAGAAGAGUUUGAGCAUGCUCCAUUAUGUCAGGGGCUCCUUAUCCAAGGACAUCCCCAUCCCAUUGUCUCACAGUGUGAAUGGGAAAAACAAGCCCUGGGAGGCCUUCAUGGCGGAAGAGUUUGCACAUCAGUUUCAUGAGUCUGUGUUGCAGUCCACCCAGAAGGCCUUGCAGAAGCAUAAAGGAAGUACAACCUUGCUCUCUGCUGAACAGAACCAUAAAGUUGACACCUCCAUCCACUAUAACAUUCCUGAGUUACAGUCCUCCAGCCGGGUGUCUAUGCCUCAACACAAUGGGCCGCAGGAGCCCCCAUCAGUGAGGAAGGGCCCCAUCACCCAGGAGCUGGACAGAGACUCGGAGGAGGAAGACAAAGAUGAAGAUGAAGAAGAAGAGGAGGAAGAAGCCCCCAGACCCAAGUGGCAAGGGAUUGAGGCCAUUUUUGAAGCUUACCAGGAACACAUAGAAGAACAAAACCUGGAGCGGCAUGUGUUGCAGACCCAGUGCAGACGGCUGGAAGCCCAGCAUUACAGCCUCAGUCUGACGGCAGAGCAGCUCUCCCACAGUAUGGCGGAAUUAAGGAGCCAGAAACAGAAGAUUGUUUCAGAAAGGGAGCGACUUCAGGCAGAACUGGAUCACUUACGAAAGUGCCUUGUGUUGCCUGCAAUGCAGUGGUCUAGGGGUUACUUCAAGGGAUAUCCCAGGUGACGUUCCCUUGCAACUAGGCCGAACAUAUAGUAUAGAAAUAUUAUCUAUUUUAUUACCUUGAAUAUUUAAUAUUUUUCACUGGGAGGUUUGAAGCUUAAAAAAAAAAGAAAAAAAGAAAAAGAAAUUGAGAAUGUGCCAUGCAUGAAGCAAAGGAUUCUGGGAUCCAGGAAAAAACUUAUCUUGACUUCAAUGCAAUCGAAUCACCUUUGUAAUUCUGCAAGCAACCCAUUUAGGAAGCCCAUAGCUUUUGUUUUCAAGUUGGUUUUGUUCUUCCCCCCUCUCCCUUUAUUGUUUUGGCUUUUAUAUAUAUACAUAUAUAUAUAUAUAUAAAAAUAUAUAUAAGAUAAAGAUGAAGGCUCCAUUACCAACACUAAAACCCAAUCAAUCAGUGUCCCAGGAGUGCCCAUCUGCACUUGGCUGGAUCACACCAAUUCUGUAUUCCUUUUGUUGCCAUAUUAGUACUAAAGAACUGAAUUUCUGCUCGGUGAGGAUGGGGUUAGCCUCCAUCUACCCCACAAUUGUAUGGCUUUCUUCAAUUGGAGAGGAAAUAUGGGGUGCAUUUUAAGUGACAGGAUUGUUCAUUUCAAUUACUCGAGUAAUUAUCUUCAGAGCAUCAUGUCCUGGGAGCAAACCAAGCCACAGUACUUGAGACUUUCCCUAAGGCUUUCCCACUGGAAACGCACUUAUCUAAAAAUAAAAUGAAUAAACAAAUGGAAGGUACCUUUUUAUUAUGGGGAGGGAGGUGGGGGGGUGGCGGGGAAAUUGUACAGAACUAUACACAUACACACAGACACACACCCAGACACACACCCAGGCCCACAACAUUGUUACUGCAGUGGGUUAUGUUUUCAUACAAACAAAUUUUGAGAGAAAAAAAAGUCAAAAAGGUGCUUCGGCCUUGUACUGUGUAUAUAUAUUAAAAAAAAAACACAAAGUUUUGUAUGUUUUUAUUACUUUAAUUAUUGUUAUAAAAAGCCUGCCAUUUUUAAUAUGUGGUUGGGGAGGGUGGGGUUGGUUUUCCUGUUUUUGGGGGGGUUUUGGUUUCUUUUUUUUUUCCUUUUUUUGGUUCUGUUUUUGGUUUUGUUUCAGCAAAAAAAAAUAAUAAUCUUUGCUUUUAGUGUUUGUACCGCUGCUGGUCAGAACAUUAAAAUAUUGAAGCAUUUUAAAGAAUUUUUUAAGAGGUAAAGUAAAAGCUUUCCACUGGCGCAUAUGCUGUCAAUUCAUUUUCGACUUCUGUUGUACCAGAGAAUUCUUUCGAAAGCCAUGCAUCACUUCUAACCUCCCUCCUUCCCUUCCUCUGUUCUUUCUGUUGUUGUUGUUGUUGUUGUUUUAUUUUUCCAGCACUUGGAAAGUAAAUUGCAAAUAUGACCAGCUGCUAUUGAGUGAGGAGGGGAUGGUCUGUGUUGGGAACAAGAUAAAAAUUACUUCUCUGUGUGUAUGUGUGUGUGUGUUCUGUGCACACACGGACACAUGUGUGUAUGUGUGUGUGUUUUCUUUUCAGAGACCUUUAUCAGGAAGUAAAUGUUCUGUGAUCUAAAUCUAUGAUGUCUUACAGCAAUCUGAGCAGGUGCAAGGUAGAAAACUUCAGCGGCUUCACUUAGAUGCAAAGUUUUAAAAGCUUUUAAGAGUCUAAACACAGAAGUAACACAAUGUCUGAACUGAAUUUCUUCCUUUUUUAAUGGCUAUGGCAAGCGCAGGAGGGACUAGAAACUGGGAGAAUUUUAACUUUAUAACAGGAGAGGGGGUACGGUUCUUCCAUCUUGUCUUAGCUUUGAUCUAUCUCUGCAUUGUUUGGGCAGUUUCAUCAGUGGAUCGGGACAUUGUCUGAAAAAAGGGCCCUGUUCCCAGAGGAGAGAAUGUGGAUUUGCAGCAGUUGGACUUUCCCAGUUAGCUAGCAAGCAGUUCAGUUGCUUGGAAUGCUGAUCCUCCAUUGGUAAAGGGCGUCCCGAUCUUCUCUCAGUAGAGAUACAGCUUUCUAGCAGAUGGCACUAACAUGGCUUUAUCUGUUCCUACACAGUUUGUUUUGUGUGUUUGCCAGGAAUCUUCCAGUUAUUAGCAAACUCAGACAAAAAGGGCCGCCAGUAUUAUCAGCCGUCAACAAGCGCCUUCCUUUCCAAAGAUAUUACUUGAAAAGAGAUGAAAGGCUGUGCUUGUAUAUACCUCCUCCCCUAAAAAAAAAGGCAUUGUGAAAUUCUCCAUGUACUCUGUAGGUGGAACUUGGGGGGGGGGGUGAAGGAGCUAAUUUGCCAAAGAUGAGGGCAAAAGCAUCAAUGUACUUCGCAUAACAAAAUCUGCUUGCUUGAGCUAGUCUGGAAUUGCUAAAGGAGGGACAUUUUCUGCUGCUGGCUCUGCUCCAGAGCCCUUUCCACAAUCCAUGGAAAAACUUGCCUUUUUUUCUUUUUUCGAUGGUAACUUCUAGGCUAGUAUAAUAGCCUUAGCUGAAGGAAACUGGGCGAAGGAAGGUUUAUCAGCUAGGAGACCUUGUGACAUAGAAGAGAGAAAGAACAGCACAGUAUCUAUGAGGGAUCAGGCUAGCCUAGAACACAUUUAAUUGGUCUUUUUGGCCGCCAGUGCCAGGCUUUGAGUAGUGUCUUGUCAGCUCUUGCCUUGUAAUGGAUUCUAGCCCAGUGGUAUAGCAACAGCAAGAGAUAAUUGGUUCUAAAGGUGCCUGUUGAGUGAUAGAUGCCAGUGGAGUUAAGACCACACUCAUCUUAAGACAACUUUGGUUACACUUGUUUUACGAUUGGCAUUUGAGUCUUGGCUUGGCCAUUGAAUUUUCAGUGCCCAUUUCUGUAUGGGGAACUCUGAAUAUUCUUCCUCAAAAACAGAAUAAAAAACCUCUAGAACAGAAAUGACCAUUAGGAAGAGGAGCUGCUGAACUAACACAUUGAAAUGUGUAAGACCCCGAGGGGUUUCCCCUGUUAUCAUGGUUCCCAUGGCACUGACACUGAAAUAAUUUACAAUUAUUUUCAUGCAGUUAUAGUCUAAAAAAGUGUGGGAAUAUGGCAGUCUUUAGACUUUUUUUUUUAUUUGACUCAGAUAAAUUCUGACAAAUAUGAAAUGUGGGAAGCUUUUAAAUUUCACAUUGAGAUUGGUUAAAAGCAGGGUGGGGAUUUUUUAGAAUACAAAAUAAUACAAGUUCCACAAUUUUUUAUCAUGAUUUGCUCUGGAUUUAAUGAUGCUCCCUUAGUUUUGCUAUUUAUAUCGACUUUGGUGUUUAGCAUCUAGAAAUGGUACCACAUCAUUUUUGCAGAAAUAAAACUGCAACCCAGAAUCCUUAAGGGUGCAAUGAUGAAAACAACUGAAACAUAAGGUUCAGCAGCUAGACAGAUAUUUGCACUUCACCUCCAAAUUGAAACAAAGCAAAAUGCUCCUGAGGCUUCUUCAUUCCUUGGACUCACAACCCGAUUGAUGUGAUUUUCCUAUUGCAAACAGACAUUCUGGAAGCAACACAUGGCUGGCACUGUUAUUGAUGUGUAAGACACUUUAUUACGAUAGUUCGGUUUCAGUAGGAACAAGCUGAUGUCUUAUCAAUUGUCUCAGAAAAGAUGAGAGUAACUGAGAUGUCCUAUUCAGUCACUUUUGUAUGUUGGGAGAGGCGAGAUUAAUUUUGAAUAGUUUUGAAUCAACGGCUUUGAUUGCAGAAAUUAGUUGCCAUUGCCCUUUUAAAGAAAUUAAUUUCAUUAACACAUGGAGAUGUGAUUCAGAUUCAUUUGUGAAUGGCAUUAAAAAAAGACCAUUGUAUAUUCAAUCACUGCCCUGCAACUGCCAUAUUAGGAAAAGCUGAAUUUCAAAGAAAACCCAUUUAAAAAAAAAUGUUUUGUUAAAAAAUGCAUCCACUCUGAGUUAUCUCUACGUUGCAGGAAGAGAUUUCAAGGAGCUGCCACUAGAUGGAGAUGGUCAUCAUGCGCCAAUUCCAGUACUCUUAACUGUAUAUUAGCCACUUGCAGCACUUCCUAUACUCUUUAAAGUAACAAAUGCUGUCGAUUCCUUUUUUCUUAAUCCUUUGGUAGCCUAUCCCCAACUUUUUGACCCUCUAAGAAUUCUUUGGAAAUUCUGCCUUGACCCAAAGCCCAUGCUGAUCGGUUGUGAUUUGUAUGUACCCUGUGCAUAAUUCCUAGAGCAGUAAAUCAGUACAUGGGAGGGAGGAGGAAGGGCGCCUCAGUCAACAGGGGGGCAGUUUAGAUGCUGUGAAAUUAAACCUGUUCUAAGUGUACUUGUUUGAAUUAAUUGUAUUGUAAUAUAUUAUUUGUUGAAUGUAGUAAUUAGGUAUUUAUGAAUAUAUUGCUGUAAUUUCUGACAACAUCCAAAAAAUAAAAUCUUCCUAAAUCA